AUGUAGGAAGGGGCACGUGCAACCACAACUCCCGACGUGCCCGACUAAAUGAAGAUGCUGGGAGUUGCAAUACAACAGGUUGGACCAGUGGCUCUGCUGCCCACUAUGAGAAACAGCCGAGGGUGAUUGAACUAUCCAGUUUUUUACCAAAACCACCGCCUCCUCCCCCUCUGCCUCGCACACUCCCCUUUUCAGCAGAUUUCCGUGCGAUGUCGGUGCGAUGCAGAGCCAUUUGGAGAGGGAGCGCUGCUACUGCUGCUUCCGCCUGUCACGGGGGAGAUGGGGGACUUGUCUUUGUGUAGGAGGCGCAGGAUUUCCCCAGACCAACACCAGUAACAGGACAGACACAUAUCCGCUGAUGCUGCUGAUGCUGCUGGGAGUGAAGAGGAGGAUUUAGGGGACUAAUAAGAGAAUGGACGGACACAUCCACGAGUCUUUGCUCUUCCUCAGCCUGGAAGCCACAACGUGACUGAUACACAUCGGGAAUAAAGCGCAAUGCUCCGCUGUCUUUGUCUCCCCUGAGAUGCCGCCGGGGUCCCUUCCUCGCCCUACAACUGUUUGCGUUACUGGGAAUGCUGAGAGCUCUGCGCACUAUUAUGGGCGCUAACCACUCGCACAAGGCUCCGGUGUUUGACGAGAAUGAAGAAGUUAACUUCGAUCAUUUCCAAAUAUUGCGGGCAAUUGGAAAGGGGAGUUUUGGAAAGGUCUGCAUUGUGCAAAAGAGGGAUUCGAAGGUAAUGUACGCAAUGAAGUAUAUGAACAAACAGAAGUGCAUUGAAAGGGACGAAGUACGAAAUGUCUUUAGAGAAUUACAGAUCAUGCAGUGCCUUGAACACCCCUUUCUGGUAAAUCUAUGGUAUUCCUUCCAAGAUGAAGAAGACAUGUUUAUGGUGGUAGAUUUGUUGCUGGGAGGAGAUUUGCGUUACCACUUGCAGCAAAAUGUGCAUUUUAAUGAAGAGACCAUUAAGCUCUACAUCUGUGAACUUUCCCUUGCACUGGACUAUCUACAGCAACAUCACAUUAUUCACAGGGAUAUUAAACCGGAUAAUAUCUUACUGGAUGAGCACGGACACGUUCACAUAACGGACUUUAAUGUAGCCACAAUUGUGAAAGGAUCAGAAAAAGCUUCAUCAAUGGCUGGAACAAAGCCUUACAUGGCUCCAGAGGUGUUUCAGUCUUUCAUGGAGGCUGGGCCUGGAUACUCCUAUCCCGUAGACUGGUGGUCGUUGGGAAUCACAGCAUAUGAACUCCUGAGAGGUUGGAGGCCUUAUGAAAUUCAUUCAACGACGCCAAUCGAUGAUAUACUCAACAUGUUCAAAAUAGAAAGAGUCCAUUACUCGUCCACUUGGUGCAAAGACAUGGUGGAACUACUGAAAAAGCUCCUUACUAAAGACCCAGAUUGCCGGUAUUCAAGCCUGUCGGACAUGCAGAGCUCGCCCCACCUCUCCGAUAUUAACUGGGACGCCGUUUUGGACAAAUCGCUCAAGGCCAGCUUUGUUCCGAAUAAGGGAAGACUGAAUUGCGAUCCAACAUUUGAGUUAGAAGAAAUGAUUUUAGAGUCCAAACCGCUCCACAAAAAGAAGAAGAGGCUCGCCAAAUAUAAAUCAAAGGAGGCAGCAAAAGACAGUUGCCCUUUGAACGGCCACCUGCAGCAGUGCUUGGAAUCAGUGAGGAAAGAAUUCAUCAUAUUCAACAGAGAGAAACAAGGUGGACAUGGAUCAAAUACAGAGAACAAGGUUCCCAAUCAGCCACAUAUAAAGCUCCAAGGUGGUCACAGCACAAAUAACAAUAUUCUGGUUCAUGGCUGCACAAAAGGUUGCAGCAGCUAGUGGAAUAUGAGCUGGAAGAUGAACUGUUCCGUUGCUUCUGGAAGGAAGAGAUGCAUGCCUUUACUCAAGAUCAUGACCUAUGUGAAGUCACACAAAAAUGUUCAAGCACAGCUCAUUGAUGGGAAUUUAUACAAAUUGCAAGGACAUUUCUUUUGUAAAACUGCUACCAUGAUCUGGCUCGUAAGUAAUAUUAGGUCCAAACAACAUUUUUAACUGACCUGGAAAAAGACUUGAAUGUCAAAAUGCUAAUUUUGCAAUCCGCAGGCUGUUUUGGGCAAGUUCAGUUUCAAUGCAGGUUGUGCUGAUCCAACAUUCCAUUACUCUUUGACCUUACUGUACUUUGGAAAUGGCAUUUUUCAACCAACACAAAAAAGUGAAGUUACAUCAAGUAAAAGAACAUUUCCCAUGGGGUGGGGGGUCUAAUAACCCAGAGCAGAAGGAAACAUUUGCUAGUCUAGUCUUAAAACAAACAUCUGAUUGGUUGCCUGAGUUACUAGGCAAUGGAGUACAACUUUGGUCCUUUUUAACUUUACCCCACCCAUUUAGAAGUAUAUAUUAUUUAUUCAAUGUUUUUACCUGAAAGAGGGCACAAGCUUGUAAUUAUACCUAGGAAUAUAUCAGCUGCAACUCUGGGGCAUUUUAGACGGAUUCAAUUAAGGCACAAUCCUUCUGAUUGCUACAGAUACUGCUUCAGUAUUUAUGAUUUCUAUAGAGUAGUGAUCUCCAACCAGUAGCUUAUGAGCAACAUGUUGGUCACCAACCCCUUGGAUGUUGCUCCCAGUGGCCUCAAAG